AUGACAAAUAAAGACCAAGAACAAUUACUUCAAGACGCCUCCACUUUGUUGAUGUUUGCAAGCCUGGUAGCCAAACAUGAACUGCUGAAUCAGCAUUCACCAACAUCAAAUAUGUCAUCCCCACCAACAGUUCAACAACUACCACAACAACCGCAGCAGCCCCUUCCCCAACAGUAUAUUAAUUCUGGAUCAUCCACACGAAAAUCAUCCGAGCAUAAGGAGACCAGUGUAGUAUCUUCACCCCCAUCUGUCAAAUUUGUCGAUAUCAUUAACAACCCCCAGUCUGCAUCAGUCACACAUGAGAAGAAUAAACCUACAACUCAAUCGAAAAGAACUUCAAUCAGUAUGCUUGUUAACGAUACUCCAUCUGACAUUGCCGUUAAAGUAACUCCACAGCCUCGGAAAAGCUCCAUAAGUAUUUUGAUGAAUCCACCUGAACCUGUUGUAACUCCGUCUCCACCAGCAGUGUCUGGUAAUUACGAAAUGAAACAAAAGUCUGUUUCUCCAACUUCUGGGUUACCUAAAAAGGGAAGCUUCAAACCAAACCACGAACGAUCACGAUCGACUCCUGAGGCAACCAUAGCAAAGCUAGAGUUGCAUCAUCAACAACAACUUCAGCAACUACAGAAUCAACAAAAUCAAUCUGCGACACCAUCUCCCACACCAGCAUUUCAAAGAGGUAUCGAUUUGAGAUCUAAGGAACGAAAUACCGAAAAUGCAGUUAUUGCUGCUGCUGCUUUAACUGCUGCUGUUGACAACCCACUCCCGUUAAAGACUGUCGAGCAGAAACCAGUUUUAGUUAAAGAAAGGGCUCAAGUGGUUCCUGUUUCAGUUGUACCAGCGGUAUCAAAAUCAGAGGAAGACCAAUUAACGGAGCCUGAAGAAGAGGACGAGGAGGAGGAAAUGGUGGAGGCAAGAGUGGUGCCAGUGCCAGUACCAAUGCCUGUGUUUGUUCAGAUGCCGAUAGAUAUGAACCACUCACAAAUCAAGCAAGAGGUGGCUUCUGAUUCUACAAGUAAGCCUGCUAUUCCGUCUAAAGAGAAGUAUGUUCCUCCACCUUUGGAAACUUAUCAAGUCAAUCCCGACUCGGGAUUAAUAGGAUGUAUUUGUGGAAUUGAGGAUGAUGAUGGGUUCACAAUUCAAUGUGAUGUCUGUUUUAGAUGGCAGCAUUGUGUGUGUAUGGGCUAUGAAAAUGCAGAAGAAGUUCCAGAAGAUAUGUACAAGUGUUAUUAUUGUGAUGAAAGCAAAUGGGGAAAGUUUGAUCCCGAGGCAUCUCGUUUGAGAACAAUGCAGCGAUUGGAGAUAGACAGACGCGAGGACAGUAACCAAGCUUCAGUCAAAACCUUGCCACAACAACAAAAUCAACAACAGGGGACAAAAAGAAAACAGCUGAAUUCCGAAAAGGCCGACAAUAAGAAAAGGAAAACAGAAGACAAGAUAAGCACGAACACAAACUCAAGCAACUCGGCUAGUGGAUCUCCAGCACCAAAAUUUCAAAGUCCUCGUCCCGAUGAGAUGGAUGAUUUGCCAAACAAAGACAAUGAAUUACUUGAGGAUGGAAUAACAGCAGAAUCAUACCAAUCAGUUUAUUAUAAUUUAAAGGAAAACGAUUACAAGCGACAAGCAAUCAAAGAAUUCAUUGAUAAUAUAGGACUGGAUUUUGCGGGUCAAUUUUUCAAGUUGCCCAAACUGGAACAGCAGGGUAAACAUUUCCGUAACGUUACCAUUAUGAGUCCCAAUCAAUUUAAAUCGAUCAAAUGGAGUAAAAUUAAUUUACCAAAUUAUACUAAAUAUUUACAAGAACAUAAUAAGCUUAAAAAGAAGAAUAAUUUCAACAAAACCACUAUUCAAGUCAAACCUUAUACAGAUAAUCAGAAGCAAAAAUUUAAUGGUAUUUCCAAAUUAGCGUUGUUUAUAUCCAGUAAUGGUGGUGGCAGUGGUGGGGGUUCUCUCACUAUUCCAGAGAAUACUCCAAUAAUUGAAUACUUGGGAGAAAUUGAUUUGUUUAAAAACUAUUGUCGAGAUUCAAUCAACCAAUAUCGUAUGUGGGGUAGUCCAAAACCGAAAGUUUUAAAAACAACAAUUCCAACGCAAUACAGUGAUGAGACUUUGGAUAUUGUUUUGGAUUCUCGAUUUGUUGGUAAUGAAAGUAGAUUUAUUCGUAAAGCGUGUCCGUCAUCAGCCAAUUGCAGAAUAGAGACGGUAUAUGUACCAGAACAAAAUAAGUUUCGAUUUUUGGUGUUUACUUCCAAACCAAUCACAUUAAAAUCAGAGAAUCAAGAUGAAGAAUUGAGAUUACCUUGGGAAUGGGAUGUGGAUCAUCCUAUCUUGAAACUUUAUGCCAAUAAUAAUCUGGAGAAAUUUGAGAAUUUGACAAAUGAAGAAAAAUCAGCAUUGAUUACUUACAUUGAUAAUAUAUUGCAUUUUGUUGAGUGUGGAUGCUCGACGUCAAAUAAUUCUUCACUGUGUGCAAUUUUCAAAAUAAAAAAGGCAACGUCCUAUUUGAUGAGAUCAACAAGAAAGGCAUCAUCUUUGAGUAAUGUUAAUAUAACAAAGUCCAAGGAAGAAUUGAUAUUGCCAAGACCAGAAAAACAAUAUGUUUCAUGGGAGGAAAGGUUGAAUCAACGGAAUCAACGAAUUCAAGCUGAGCUAUUCUCAGAAAAGAAGAAAUUAGGGUCAGAUAAUAACGAUGGGCAACAAAAAGUUGAAGAAAAAGAAGAGUCUGCAUUAGAAGAAGCUAAAGAUGGUGGAGCUGAUCUUGGUUCUGGAACUAUGGGAAUGGGGGCAAAUGCUGACGAUAGUAAAGGUGAGAAGAAACCACCUAUGCUAUUUAAAUUACCUUUCAAACAACAAUUAUUGGCAAACCUUCGGUCCAAUGUUGAAAUGACAACAACAGUCCAACAACCAACCCCAGUAUCUAGUGAAGAUGAUUCUGAUCCAGUAGCAGUUGAGAUUCCUGUCCCAGUAGUACCGGAAUUAGUUGCAAUUAUUGACAAAAGCAUUGAAGAAAAACUAAAACCAAUAAUCAAACAAGUAGAAGCCUCGACAGUUACAGGAGAAGAUGUCAAUUUGAAAGUGGUUGAAAAAGUGUCUUUGGUGUCUGACAAUGGAGACAAUAGGAAGCAUGAUGUGAAAUUGGUGCCAGAAACUGCUGCCCCUGCUAAAGUUGUAAAGAAGCUAUCUUUUGCUGAUUAUAAAAAAAUGAAAUAG